GAUGUCUCCGUCCUUCAUCUGUAAUGGGUGAGCAAGGCUGUGGGAAGCCUUGAAGUACAGGAUGUUGAUGUCUUUCAGUAUGCAUCAAAAGUUGUGUUGCCAAAGCAAUAUCCAGGAGGCAGCGUAAUGGCUCCAAGAAAAAGGGAGGCUUUCAGUCUCCACUCAGCCGUAGAACCGUCAUCUCUAUUAAUGGUCAGCCAAUCUGUGGAAGGUGUGGCAAGACUGAAAUUGCAUACAGUUCAUGACCAUGACAAUGAGAUGAGAAAAUCUAAAAUCGGUCCAUGAUGAAAGAGCACCCCCCUCCUCCUCCUCCUCCUGUACUCUAGUGGGUACACUGCGGUAGAGGAAGGAAGAAGCUGGGAGGAAGCGAUGGUUCCCAUGGGAAUCGAUCCGAUAUUUCGGUUGCUGCUAGCGACAACGACAGUGACAAUAUCAACUGAUGCAGGGAUGCUGCAGAUAUGGAGAGAAGAUGGAGAGUAGUGGUGAGGUGGGGGCCGGGCUUACUAUGCUACUGAGGAGGAGGAGGAGGAGGGGCAUUAAAAUGGAUGCAGUUACUCCAUACAAGUUAAGAUCACCGGGUGUGUGCUCAUACGCCCAUGGUAGUGGCCGAAGUGCCGGUGUUCUCGGAGUUACAUAAAGUUGAUGAUGGCAAGAAAUGAUAGAUAUAGAGUUGACCAUGGUGUCUGGAUGUGUGAUCGGUAAUGUCUAACGACUUCUUCUCUUUUUCUCCUCCCUCCCUUCUCUUCCUCCCUCUCUCUCCCUUCCUCCAUCCUUCCCUCCUUACAGAGAGCCCAGCGAGGAGUGCAAUGGAAUCAGCGGUCCUCUCUCUGUGGAGCCCGUGCCCGGCUCGCGGCUGAACGAGUGGUGUCCCGCCGGCCCUCCCUCCGCCCCUGUGCCCGCGCCACACCUCGCCAGCAUGGGGGACGGCCUGGACGCAGCGCAGAUGUCGGGCACCAGCAGCAGUAGCAGCGGGCACCAUGGGCAGCUCUCCUCCACGCCCACGGUGCCCAGCCACAACCCGCCUGCCCCAGAGACCUCCAAUCCCCAGCGGCCCAAGCGCCAGACCAACCAGCUGCAGUACCUGCUCAAGGUGGUGCUCAAGUCGCUGUGGAAGCACCAGUUCUCGUGGCCCUUCCAGGCUCCCGUUGAUGCAGUCAAGCUCAUGCUGCCUGAUUAUUACAAAAUUAUUAAGUGUCCUAUGGACAUGGGAACAAUCAAGAAGCGUCUUGAGAACAGCUACUACUGUAACGCCCAAGAAUGUAUCCAAGACUUCAACACCAUGUUCACCAACUGCUACAUUUACAACAAGCCCGGGGACGACAUAGUCUUAAUGGCGGAGGCCCUGGAGAAGAUGUUCCUGCAGAAGAUCUCCGAGAUGCCCACGGAGGAGACGGAGAUCACGGUGAUGACGGGCAAAGGGCGCGGCCGCGGCAGGAGCCGAGACCCAGGCCUUAUCUUGAAACCAGGCUCUGGCCUGGACUCUCCGUCUAUGACCGCCCAGACGCGCGGACUGUCCAACAUGCCCCCAGGACCACAGACCAGAGGCCUGCCGCAGGGCCCCCCCCAGCUACCUCCCCAGCCCAUCAUGCAGCCCAUGCCCCCCCGAGUGCCCCCCUUGCUCCCCACGCAUGCGCCACAGCUGGGGCCACCCUACUCGAUGGGCCCGUUGGACUGCGCCCCCCAGCCCCCGCCCAUCAUAAAGUCUGUGCCUCCCCCCGCCCAGACGGCCCUGCCGCCCCUGCCACCCAUGCCGCACCUGCCGCUCCUGCCGCCCCUGCCCAUCCAGCAGAGCGCCACGCCCAUCCUCCAGAGCGUGCUCCCUCAGCCCAAACAGAGGAAAAGCCAGAAGAGGAAAGCCGAUACGACGACGCCGACGGCGAACGACCAGCUCAGCGAGUCCUCGCCCGCCGAGUCCAAGUCGGGCAAGACGCUGCCGCGGCACGCGAGUGUGCGGCCCGCCAAGCUGCCCAAGAAGGAGGCGCCCGACUCGCAGCACCACCUCGGCAUGCUGGCCAUGGCCGGCUCGCACAGCCCCAAGCAGCAGGAGCAGAUGCGCUACUGCGCCAGCCUCGUCAAGGACAUGUUCUCCAAGAAGCACGCCAACUACGCGUGGCCCUUCUACAAGCCCGUGGACGUGGCUGCGCUGGGCUUGCACGACUACCACGACAUCAUCAAACAUCCCCGUGAUCUCGCCUCCAUCAAGGUUAAGUUGGAUAACAGGCAGUACCGGGACGCAGAGGAGUUUGCGAGCGACGUGCGGUUAAUGUUCUCCAACUGCUACAAGUACAACCCUCCUGACCAUGAAGUGGUUACUAUGGCACGGAAACUACAGGACGUGUUUGAGAUGCGCUUCGCCAAGAUGCCGGACGAGCCCGAGGUGACGCUGGCCCCCGUGCCCGCUCCCAUACUCCACCCAGCCCCCGUCAAGACGCAGCCCCCCAUGGCCCCCCCCUCGUCCUCGGACUCCUCCAGCGACUCAUCCUCCGAGUCAGACUCCUCCACGGACGACUCAGAGGAGGAGCGCGCUCAGAGGCUGGCUGAGCUUCAGGAGCAGCUGAAGGCCGUCCACGAGCAGCUGGCUGCCCUGUCUCAGCCCCAGACCAGCAAACCAAAGAAGAAGGAGAAGGAGAAGAGGGAGAAGAAGAAGGACAAGCACAAAAAGAAAGCGGGAAGCAUGGCGGCAUUAGACGAGAUCCCCGAGCCCCAGAUCCCUGCGCUGCAGCCUUCUAAGAAGAGCAAGAACAACAAGGAUCCGCUGCCUAAGAAGAGCAAGAAACCUGGUAAGAAGGACGGCGUGAAGAUAAACCGCUCCAUCCCUACCCUGAGCGCCAUGCCGCCCACGCUGCAGCCCGUGCCGGGCCUGGACUCUGAGGAGGACCUGCUGGGGUCCGCCGGUGCCACCGGGGGCGGCACGGAGAAGUGUAAGCCCAUGACCUACGAGGAGAAGAGGCAGCUGAGCCUGGACAUCAACAAGCUGCCCGGGGACAAACUGGGCCGCGUGGUGCAUAUCAUUCAGUCGCGCGAGCCCUCGCUCAAGAACUCCAAUCCCGACGAGAUCGAGAUCGACUUUGAGACGCUCAAGCCCUCCACACUGCGAGAGCUGGAGAGAUACGUGUCGUCCUGCCUGCGCAAGAAGAAGAAGCCUCCAGAAAAGACCAUGGAAGCCCUGACUGUAACCAAGACCAAGGGCUCCUCCUCGGACUCAGGCAGUAGCAGUGAGUCCAGCUCCUCAGACAGUGAAGACUCCGAGACAGGAAUGGCAUCAAAGCAGAAGAAGAAGGGCCUCUCGGGGAAGGAGGGCAAAAAGCCUCAUCACCUGCCCCUGCCCCACAUCGCCCCGCUGCCCCUGGCCCAGGUGCUGCAGCCCACAGCCCAGCUGAAGCUGCAGCAGCCGCAGCACCCGUCGCCUGUGGCCUACGUCCCACCGCCCGUCGCGGCCCUGGAGUCCUCGCAGCUCCUGGAGAACACGUUCGACUCCCUGCCCAACUUCGGGCCGCCCCUCAUGCACCUGUCCCACCACGCCAGCGAGUCCUCGUCCCCCGCCGGCCCACCACCCCACCUGGGCGCCCCCCAAUCCGGCGGCUCUGUGUCUCCCGAGACCCAUCGGUUCCUCAAUCAGCACGCCAUCCUCCCCCCUCCAGCCCUGCACAACGCCUUGCCUCAGCAGCCUUCCCGGCCGAGCCACAGGGCGGCCCCUCUGCCUCCCAAGCCCCCCCAGCAGACCAUGCAGCAGCAGCAGCAGCAGCAGCAGCAGCAGCAGCAACAGCCUCCGCCUCCUCAGCAGGCCCUCCAGCCUCAGCAGCUCCAGCCCCAGGCCCAGCCACCCCCCCAGCCCCAGCCCCAGCCCCCCCAGCACCACCUACCCCCCCACCUCAUGCACCCCCCACAACCCCUCCGCCAGCGCCCGCUCUCCCCACCCACCCUCACCCCGCAGGGCCUGCUCUCCUCCCAGCCCCCGCAGAUGCUGCUGGAGGACGACGAAGAGCCCGGACCCACGCUGCCCCUCAACCCCAACCUGCAGCUCUACCUGCAGCACCUACAGCAGGGCAGGCAACAACAACAACAACAACAACAGGCAUCCCUGAUGCAGUCCCUGCCUAAUAGACAGCAGCAGCAGCAGCAGGCAGGGCAGCCUCCUCUCCUUCAGUCCGUGCAGGUCCAGUCUCAACUGGGUCCGCCGCAGUUCCCACCGCAGUCGCAGACCCAGCCGCAGCCUCCGCCAUCCCACCAACCCUCCAGCCAGCAGCAGCAGCUCCAGCAGCAGCACCAGGCCAGGCACAUGCAACAGCAGCAGCAGCAGCAACAACAGCAGCAGCAGCAACAACAACAACAACAACAACAACAGCAACAGCAGCAACAACAACAACAACAACAACAGCAGCAACAGAUGGGCUUCUCCCAGGGCCCCAUGCCCAGCACUCCGACGCAGUCAGCGCCACAUAAAGUGUCCAUGCCCUCCAGUAAAGCACAGCAGAUCAUCCAACAACAACAACAGCCACCGCCGCAGCAGCAGCAGUCACAGCAAUCUCAGCAGCAGCAAUCUCAGCAGCAGCAUCCUUCUCCACGUCAACACAAGGCAGACCCCUACAACACGGGCCACCUGAGGGAGUCUCCGCUCAUGAUGCAUUCCCCCCAGAUCUCCCAGUACCAGCCCAUGCCCCAGUCUCCCCCCCACACUCUGCAGCCCAAAAAAGAGCAGAGGCCACCCUCAGCUCUUGGCGGGUUGAAGGAGGAGAAGCUGCCCCCGUCGCCAGUGAUGCGCGGAGAGCCCUUCAGCCCUGCAAUGCGCCAGGAACCCCACAAGCACCCCGAGGCAAAGGCCAUGCCAGGUCACGGCCAGCAGAGAGAGCCUAAGUCGUCCGACAGCUCGCGACCCGUCAUCCGCUCCUCUGAGUCUAGUGGGCCGCCCCCAAUGCAAGAGAAGGACAAGUUCAAGCAGGAGCCUAAAACACCCGUCGCCCCCAAAAAGGUACAGGACGUGAAGUUAAAGAACAUGGGCUCAUGGGCGAGCCUGGCCCAGAAGUCCACUUCUACGCCGUCGUCGGCACAGAAGUCGUCGAGCGACUGCUUCGAGCAGUUCCGCCGCGCCGCCCGCGAGAAGGAGGAGCGGGAGAAGGCCCUGAAGGCCCAGGCCGAGCAGGCGGAGAAGGACCGUCAGCGCCGUGAGCAGGAGAAGCACCGGGGUCGAGAUGAGGAGGAUUCGCUGGAGCCGAGUCGCCGGCAGCACGAGGAGCCGCGCCGGAGGCAGGAGCAGCCGCAGCCACAGCCGCCGCAGCAGCAGCAGCAGCCUCCACCGCAGCAGCAGGUGCAGCCGCCCCAGCAGCAGCAGCAGCAGCACCCGGCGCAUUCACAGACACAGGGCCAGGUCCACUCGCCAGCCACCCCCCAGCCGUCGCAGGCUCCCCCCACGCCACCGGCCUCCAGCCAGAGUGCUCUGGACCAGCAGCAGAGGGAGCUCCUGCGCCGCAGAGAACAGGAGCGCAGGAGGAGAGAGGCGAUGGCAGCUAUGGUUGACAUGAAUUUCCAAAGUGAUUUAAUGGCCAUCUUUGAGGAGAACUUGUUCUGAGAAGGAUUAUUUUAACUUCCUGUCGAACUGAAAGGAAUUUAAAAACAAAAAAAACUAAUAAAUACACAAGCAGAUCUUGAAUUCCUCUGGGGGAGAAAAAAAACAGAAAUGGGAUCAUGAAAAGCGCAAACGCACGGGACGAUGGAUUUUACGAACCCUGACCUCUGAAUCCUCAACCUCUGAAACAAGCCUGCCAAACUGGUACAGGCUGCAUCCAUGAGUGAAGACGGCCCUGGCCUCCUGCGCUCAGAGGCGUGGAGCCCCUUAGCCUGACUGCCACAGCCGCCUUUCUGCGGCUUCCUUUUUCCUGCGGAUGUGACGUCGUCAUGGCAGCAAAGGGCCGAAGAGGACUUGAUUGGCACAGUGCUCUGCGUGACAGAGCAAAGAGCAGUGGCAGCAGAGCAGCGCGCCGCCACCGUGGAGCGGACGAUUGAAUCCGAUAAUGAUUUAAAUAUUCUUGAUUACCUGUUUAAGGCAUCCAUGAACUGCCAUGCGUUGUGAGGGGGGUAAACAAGACAAGAGGCUGUUUUGUUUUUUCUUUCCCUUCCUUUGGUUUUUGUUUUCUAGGUGAACACAUUCAAGCAGAUCGCGGGGUGGGGGUGGGCACUUAAAUAUGAAAUCUUGAGUUGUCACUUCUCAGGAGAGGAGGUGCAGCUUGCCUUACGCCUCUGACCUGUAAGAAACACACACAAACA